UUGUUGCUCUGACAAAGACUCGCCAAGGAAACACACAAGAAAGCCAAAAAAAAAAAAAGGGGUUUGGUUUCACUUCCAUAGUUGCAUUAUAAUAAACACACUCUCUCUCUCUCAAUAGCCAGUAACAACUUCCCAUCCACCAUUUCACUAUCUAAUCUCUUCCCAAUCCUCCCAUUAAUUCUUCCUUCCUUUUCCUUCCCCUUUAUAUAAUUCAACUGUUUCUUUUUCUUUGCUUAUUGAGCUCACUUUCCCAUUAAAAAACUUAUCUUUCUUUUAUUUGUGGUCCUUUGAUUUUGUUGUGUUAGUGCUUGCUUCUUUGCUGAAGGGCCUUGUCUAUUCUUCUGUUAUCUCUCUGUGUUUAUGUUUUUUUUUUUAUUAUUAGUAUAAUUUUUUAUUAAAUUUUUGUUGGUGGGGUGUCUGCAGAAAACAUGUGGGCUUUAUUCUUUGCCUCCCAUUAAAGGCAGUUCUUGAUGGUUUUUUGGAUCUGCAAUCCAUGAUUUUUGGGAUGGGUUUAUUGUUUUAAAACUGGAAAAAAAAAAGUAAAAAUCCAGACUUUGGGUACUUCAAUGUAGGCAAAGGCAUGUCCUUUGUAACUUCCUUUUUUUUUUUCCAGCUAUAAAAAGUUUGGUUUUUUUAGCUUUUUCUGUUUACGUCAAAUGUGGGAUUUUCAAAAGGGCUUCUUUUUGUUUGGUCAAUAGAUGGUAGUUGUUCAAUUUUUGUUUCGAAAAGUGUAGUUUCAAAAGAUGGGAUCUGGAAAUGGAUUUUUUUCAACUCAAGAGUUCAGUUUAGAUGCUAAGUGGUUGAUUGAUCCUCAGCAGCUUUUUGUUGGUCCUAAGAUUGGAGAAGGUGCUCAUGCUAAAGUAUAUGAGGGAAAAUACAAGAAUCAAAAUGUUGCUAUUAAAGUUGUUCGAAGAGGGGAAACCCCUGAACAGAUUGCAAGGAGAGAAGGAAGGUUUGCAAGGGAAGUUGCUAUGUUAUCCAAAGUUCAACACAAAAAUCUAGUGAAGUUUAUUGGAGCUUGCAAGGAGCCAGUCAUGGUGAUAGUAACUGAGCUCCUACUAGGUGGGACACUGCGUAAAUACCUUCUGAAUAUGCGGCCAAAGUGCUUGGACAUGCAUGUAGCAAUUGGGUUUGCACUUGACAUUGCUCGUGCAAUGGAAUGCUUACACUCCCAUGGGAUCAUUCAUCGGGACCUGAAACCUGAGAACUUGAUCUUGACUGAAGACCAUAAAACAGUUAAACUAGCAGAUCUUGGUUUAGCUAGAGAAGAGUCAUUAACAGAAAUGAUGACUGCUGAAACAGGGACAUACCGUUGGAUGGCUCCAGAGCUUUAUAGCACAGUCACAUUAAGGCAUGGAGAGAAAAAGCAUUACAAUCAUAAGGUGGAUGCCUACAGCUUUGCUAUUGUGCUGUGGGAACUGGUCCAUAACAAGUUGCCUUUCGAAGGCAUGUCCAAUUUACAAGCGGCUUAUGCUGCUGCUUUUAAGAAUGUUAGGCCUAGUGCUGAGGAUCUUCCAGAAGAUUUGGCAUCGAUUGUGACUUCAUGUUGGCAAGAGGAUCCAAAUGCUCGGCCCAAUUUCAGCCAAAUCAUACAGAUGCUAUUACACUAUCUCUCAACCAUUCCACCACCAGAUUCUGUGAUGCCUCCUAAGAGAACAACUUCUGAGAAUGCUGUAUUGCCACCAGAGUCGCCUGGUACAAGUUCAUUGAUGGCUGCAAGAGAUGAUGUAGGGGAAACCUCAAAAGCCACCGAGGAAAACAGGCCAAGAAGUUUCUUCUUCUGCUUUAGCCAGUGUUACUGAUCCCCCAAAGGCACAAUUUCGUUUUUGAGGGUGUCACAAAUUAUUUUUAGGGUAGUUCAAUAAACGUAAUUAGUCUUAGAUAUUAGAAAGAACACAAUCUUGGUAAGAGAAUGUCAAAUCUAAUCAGAUUAGUUUAGUUCAGUUAUAUGACGGUAUCUGUUAACUUUGCUACUGUUUUACAUGAAUUUUGGUAUGCCCUGACUUAAAGAUGGAUCAAGAACUUUGGGGGUAGGGGUUGCUGUGAUGGAAAAA